AUUGACAAGACAAUUGGUCAGCAGGCCAACUCGCCGAAUGACGUGUACACUCGAUAUGGAUCAGAUGAUCAGUAUAAUCGAUAUCCGACACAGACAUACGACGGGUUGGGUCCCAACCGCGAUGUGAAUGAUUUGAAUCCAUUCGGCGUCACGCGCGACAGUGGCUUGUUUGGCGGAACGAGCGAUCGGCCGAAUUAUGGCUUCACUCCGGGUGAUAAUUACGGGGGUGGGAGUGUCUAUAGCAAUGACAAUUUUGGGCAACCAAGAGACAAUUAUGAUCCCAUCAGGCCGUUUGGUAAUGACGGCGUGAGCAGUGGUUUCCCGGGCAGGGACAGAGACUUCAAUAGACCCCAAGUGGGGCCCAUCAGUCAACCGGGAAUGCCUGUGAUCUCGGCUAAUCGCGACAGAGACUUCAAUCCCAACUUGAAUCCAUUCAAUAGGAAUCUGUACAGCGACGACAAUCUGCAGAUCAACGAGGCGACGUACUUCAUUGUGGCGUCGAGAAUGGUACGUCCUGGACAAGUGUACCGUGUGGCUGUUAAUAUAGUCUCCACACCGCUGCCGAUAAUUGUGCGGGCCAGUAUCUCGCGGAAUGGCGUGGAGAUGACCCACGAUGAGAAGGAUGUGAAGGAGGGCAUUCCCGAGGAGCUCCUCAUGCGUAUGCCGCCGACUAGUGUGAAAGGAGAGUACAAGCUGAGGAUUGAGGGGCUGUACAAUUCUGUGAUGGGUGGAUUGGCCUUCUUCAAUGAGACGAAAAUCACCUUCUCACAGCGUUCAAUGACAAUCUUCGUGCAGACGGACAAGCCAGUGUACAUGCAGGGUGAAACUGUGCGCUUCCGGACAAUUCCCAUCACAACGGAACUCAGGGGUUUCGACAACUCGGUGGAUGUGUACAUGUUAGAUCCCCAGGGGCAUAUUAUGCGGCGCUGGCUCUCCAGACAAUCCAAUUUGGGCACUGUGAGUCUGUAUUAUAAGCUCUCUGAUCAGCCGCGCUAUGGCGAGUGGACGGUUCGUGUGGUGGCGCGUGGCCAAGUGGAGGAGCACACGUUCCAAGUGGAGGAAUACUACCAGUCACGCUUUGAAGUGAACGUCACAAUGCCAGCAUUCUUCUUCAACAGUGAUCCAUUCAUUUACGGCAAGAUUAUGGCGAAUUUCACAAGUGGCGCUCCAGUGAGGGGUAAUCUCACCCUCAAGGCGACCAUUCGACCGAUUGGCUUCAUCAAUCCCAAGAUACUCAACAUGAGAUAUCGCGUGGGAAACACAGGAGGAUACCGCCGAGAGGAUGAAUACUACAACAGAGAUGCCACUUAUCACAAUCUGUUCGGGCCGCAGAACAUUCCGCUGGAGAGACAAUUUCUGGAUGAGCGCUAUCAGCAGCAGCAGGGCUUCCAGGAGUCUUACAUUGUGGAGAAGCACUUCAACUUUGACGAACGCUGGCCUUUCUGGAUGGACAAACCGGAGUACAACCAAGUGUUUGAUCCUUGGACACGAUCGUAUAGAAAUCAACUGCCGUACUUGCGAUUCUUCAACGGAACGUUCGACUUCAAGUUCCCCAUGGCGGAACUUGAGCAAAUGGUGCCGAAUCUCUCUGGCAUGGAGGUUCUGAUCACGGCAACAGUUGGCGAGAGAUUCUAUGAUGAGGUGAUUGAGGGUUAUGCCAUGACGAGGGUCUACAAUUCAUCAAUAAGGGUGAAUUUCCUGGGUGGAAGUCCUCAAGUCUUCAAGCCCGCCAUGCCUUUCACAUGCUAUCUCGUGGCAGAGUAUCACGAUGGCUCACCACUGCCGUUUGAUAACUUCUUCUAUGGCACAAUGGAGAUAACUGGUUGGAUAGAGAGUCGCGCUGGAGGACGUCGUGAUUAUCCGUUGAGGAAUCUGCGAAUGUCUGAGCGUGAUGGCAUUUGGGAGUUGAAAGUGGAUCUGAGGAAUGAAUUGAAUCUGGACAGUACGAAGCAGUCCAAUGACUUCCUCAAUGAAGCCUCUUCGAUGCGUCUCAUUGCCAACUUUAUUGAUUCACGUGGUGAGCGAGCAAGUGCUGAACUUCUUCUGCUGGGUCACCAUUCGCCCCUGAAUCAACAGAUUAAGAUUACAACCAGUACGACUGACGCAAAAGUGGGUGAAUAUGUGGUGUUGCAUGUGCAAUCGAACUUUCACAUGGAUAAUUUCCACUACAUUGUCAUGUCGAAGGGGAUUGUGUUGUUGACUGGUCAGGAGAACAUGCAGGAGGGCAUCAGGACAAUGGCGAUCACUUUGAGUGCAGAAAUGGCGCCUGUGUCGACAGUUGUGGUGUGGCAUGUGGGCAGAAGAGGCUUGAUUGUGGCGGAUACUCUCACUUUCCCAGUGAAUGGAAUCUCUCGAAAUAACUUCACGGUGUUCAUCAAUAAUCGCAAGGCGAGAACGGGAGACAAAGUCGAGGUGGCGAUCUAUGGAGAGCCAGGAGCCUAUGUGGGACUGUCCGGAAUUGAUAAUGCCUUCUACACGAUGCAGGCAGGAAAUGAGCUGACCUAUGCUAAUGUCAUAACGAAGAUGGCCACAUUUGAUGAGCAGACAAAUGGCACUUUCAAGCAUCGCUGGUACUCACACGAGGGCAAUCCCGAUGAGCUGGUGUACUACCCUUCAUCGACGUACGGAAUAGACGCCAAUCGGACAUUUGAGUUCGCGGGAUUGGUCGUUUUCACGGACGCUACGGUGCCGCGGCGAUUGGAGAUAUGCAAUGCGACUUUGGGCUAUGGAGAGUGUCUCAAUGGGCGCUGUUACAGGUUGGAUAAAGAGUGUGAUGGAUAUUUCGAUUGUGAAGAUGGAACUGAUGAGAUCAAUUGUGACUAUCACAAUGCAACACUGCUGGCGGAUUUCCGGAAGUAUCGCUUCAAUCGAAUUCAGAGACACUACGAGAAUGUGUGGCUGUGGCGUGAUGUGAACAUUGGACCACACGGCAGAUACAUCUUCAACAUUGAUGUUCCUCAUCGGCCGGCUCUGUGGAUGGUGUCGGCUUUUGGUGUGAGUCCGACCAUGGGAUUCGGAAUGGUGGCUAAGGCGAUAGAAUAUGUGGGUGUGCAGCCGUUCUUCAUCAACGUCGAGAUGCCGAGCGCGUGUCGCCAGGGCGAACAAGUGGGCAUCCGUGUGACUGUUUUCAAUUACAUGACGAACGCUAUUGAGGCCACAGUUGUGUUGCACGGAUCGCCAGACUAUAAGUUUGUGCACGUGGAAGAGAAUGGAAUUGUGCGCUCCUACAAUCCGCGCACGUCCUUUGGUGAGCAUCAGUUCUUCAUUUAUCUGGAGGCGCAGGAGACGUCCAUUGUGUAUCUGCCGAUUGUGCCACAACGUCUGGGUGAUAUUGAUGUGACCAUGCACGCUGCCACGCUGCUGGGAAUGGACAAAGUCACCCGGCGACUGCAUGUGGAGGCCGAUGGAUUGCCGCAGUAUCGUCACCAGUCCAUUCUGCUGGAUCUCAGCAAUCGCGCUUAUGUCUUCCAGUACAUGCACGUCAAUGUUACGGAGACGCCUAUAAUUCCGUAUCAAGUGGAUCGUUACUAUGUGUACGGAUCCAAUAGUGCAAAGAUCAGUCUCGUGGGAGACGUUGUGGGUCCCAUUUUCCCCACAAUGCCUGUCAAUGUGACCAGCUUGAUUCACCUGCCAAUGGAAUCUGCGGAACAGAACAUGUUCAGCUUCGCGGCUAAUCUCUUUACCGUGUAUUAUAUGAGAUUGAUCAAUCAGAGGAACAAGACAAUGGAAAAGCACGCCUUCCACCAUCUGAAUAUUGGGUAUCAGAGACAGUUGAGCUUCAUGAAUAAGGAUGGCUCCUUCUCACUCUUCCGCUCGGAUUGGAAUCAAUCGGAUCCGAGUGUAUGGCUGACGGCGUACUGUGUGCGGAUUUUCCAAGAGGCGAGCUUCUACGAAUGGGAAAAUUUCAUCUACAUCGAUCCGAAUAUGAUACAGAAGAGCGUGGCGUGGCUGUUGCGCCAUCAAACACCGGAGGGAUCUUUCUACGAAACGACUUGGUCGCCGGACAGGAAGAUGAACAGAACGGAGAAUGAAAUACUGAGAGCCAGGAACAUAACACUCACGGCACAUGUUUUGAUAACACUGGCCAGUGUGAAGGAUUUGGCGGCCGGAGGAUUGGGCGCGAGAGUGGCAAUGGCACAGCAGAGAGCAAUAGAUUGGAUAGAUCGAAAUUUGAAGAUGAUAAAAGACUUUGGGGGGCCUUACGAAGCGGCAAUAGUAACGUAUGCUCUUAUGCAGAGUAAUGCACCGCAUGCAGAAAACUCCUUUAGCAUCCUGGCGAAGCACGCCAGGACGAUAGGGGAGUUUAUGUACUGGGGAAAUGAAGAAGUGCCACAACCGCCGACAAAGCUUGAGAAUCAAAAGUACUUCAGCCUGCCGAGAUUGCCGUACAAGUACGAUUCGCUGAACAUCGAGACAACGGCGUACGCUUUGCUGGUGUACGUGACGAGGAGGGAACUGAUGAUAGAUCCCAUUGUGAGAUGGCUCAAUGCCCAGAGAUUGACGGAUGGCGGUUGGGCGUCCACGCAGGACACGAGUGUGGCUAUGAAGGCGCUGAUUGAGUACACAGUGAGAUCGAGGAUCAGGGAUGUUUCUCAGCUGGCAGUCACAAUAGAAGCCACUUCACUUCCUGGACAGACCAAGAUGUUGCACAUCACGGACAAACACUUUGCAGAGUUGCAGAGUAUCGAUAUUCCAAAUGCGUGGGGAACGGUUAAGGUGCAGGCUAAGGGUGCUGGAUACGCCAUUCUGCAGAUGCACGUGCAGUACAACGUGGACGAUAAGCAAUAUCAAACGGCUCCUCCGGUUCCAUCCUUCGAUCUCAACGCUCACGCUGUGUUCCACGGAAGGAAUCAGUCUCAUAUCACCUACUACGCAUGCCAAAGGUGGAUCAAUGUGAAUGAGUCCAUUCGCUCAGGAAUGGCUGUUCUGGACGUGGCAAUUCCCACUGGAUAUUUCAUGCAGCAACAGAAGCUGGACACUUAUGUUCUCAGCCGGAGAGUGAGGAACUUGGAGAGGGCCAAGUAUCAGGAGAAGAAAGUUCUGUUCUACUUUAAUUUCUUGGAUGCUGACGAUGUUUGUCUGAAUUUCACGGUCGAACGAUGGUUCCCAGUGGCAAAUAUGUCUCGUUAUUUGCCCAUUCGAGUGUAUGAUUACUAUGCUCCGGAGCGAUUCAACGAGACACUCUUCGACGCCCUGCCCACGUAUUUGCUGAACAUCUGCGAGGUUUGCGGCAGCUCACAGUGUCCAUACUGUGCAAUCUACAAUGCAGCUAUGAAGGCACCUGUUCCAUUCUUCCUCAUCCUGGGCGCCAUUGCUGCAAUCACCGUGAGACACUUUAGAAUAACCGGCAGAGGAUUUAUCACGCUAAUAUCCAUGGCUUUGUGGAACACGUAAAGAAUGUCUUGGCAAGAAGUAUCAAAAAAAAGUGGGGAAAGCAUAGUUUUUGCCAUGUUGUGUUCCAAAAAAAAAAACAAGAAGUGAAGUAAAACACAAUCCUCAAUAUCACCACAUAAAAUGAGUCGUAGGAAUACAAUUUUUCAUGUGAAUAGAUUUUACAUUUAUUUUUUACAAAUUGACACGAAAGACGAAAUUUAGGAAUCUCUAGAGAGAAUCUAAAAAGUAUUUUGGAAGAAGAAGAAAUUAAUUGAAUCCCAUCUUAGAUGUAUAGAAAUAGAAAGAGAGAGCGAGAGAGUGAAAAACGUCCAAGGAAAGCAAGUGUCUUGCAUGGUAAAUCUGCUCAUAUCAAGAGAAUAUGUAGAUGAAUGACAAUACUUAAAGGAAGAGUUUAUCGAAUGAAGGGAAAUAGAGGGUUUUCCAUUUUCAAGCAUGGGUGGAAAAAUGUACAAAAGAACCAAGAGUUUCUCAUAAACUUCUCUUGAUUUAUAAAUGUAUAUUAAGAAUUAAUCCAGGCCGUCCAUUUUCUGGUCAAUUUUUUAUUUCACGUUUAUUUUAUGUUUUUUUUUAUAUAACAUUGUGCGAAAAAAUACUGAGAAAAUAUGUCUGUCUUAUUGCAAGCUUUUCCCGGUUUGUAUUUCUUCCUACACACAAAGUUUUAGACCUUUUUAUUUUCGCGAGAGUGGAAAGCGAACAGUAAAUUGAUGGAAUACUGAAAAAUUGGUGGGCGAAAAGAUAUAUUUUUGAGAGAUUGUGUAGAGAGCAAAAAAGGAAUGCAAGGGACAAAAGAAAUCUCUGUGAGAGAUGCAAAAAAAAUCUCUGUAGUUUUUAAUUGGUAGUUGUAGGCGUAGAAAUUUUUAUCAAAAAAAAUUACAUGAAGCAAAAGAGCGAAACUCAGAAAUAUUACCCAUUUUUUAAGGAGAACAAAUACCCGUAGAUUUGCAUGUAAAUAUUUAAUAAUGACGAGGAUUCAUGAAAAUGUUAAGAUAAAGUGAGAGUUUAAGAAAUGCACGUGUAUACCAUAUUUUUGCAAAUUUCAUUCCCAAAUCAAUAAGCAACUGAAGUAAGAAACCCAGCAUUUAGACGUGAGACAAUGAGAAAGUGAGGUGCCUUAAUGAUUUUAGGAGACAAAUCUUUACGCAUGAAAUAUCACGAAUCCAUAUUUUGCCACAUGGAAAGAGUAAGCAAAUAUAGAAAUUCUCAAAUGACGAAAAAGUAUAUUUACACCUUCUUUUGAUAUAUAGUGAAAUGACAUUUUUUAUAUUGUUAACUGUACCUCAGAAAAUAGGUAAUACAUUUCUAUAAAUAAAAUGACAUGAAACUGAC